GAUAGUACGCACGCGUCGUAGUUCAACCGUGGCGUCUACGAGAAAAGUUUUUAGAAAGAGUGUCAAGUGAUAAAUGAAAAAACAAUGACAAUGGACGUUCAAAAUAAUUUUCAAAGUUACAAAGAGCAAACGCCUGAUUUGAAAGAAUCUAAUUUGAGUGUUGAAAGUGCACGUACACAGCUGAAAAAAUCUGACCAGCAGUCUACUAUGAUUAAUCAAGCUAAAUCCAAGAGAUCCUUUGAUGUCGCUUUUUUGAUGAUGCCAGAUGACAAGCCACGACAGCCUUCUUCUGAGAAACAGUUGAGGGUUUCUAAGCAGCUAUUUAAUACAGAAGAAUGGGACAGAUCUUCAAAGCGAAUGGCAGAUAUUUAUGUGCAGAGUGAAUUUUCAAAUGAGACCACAUUAGACUCCAAAGAUCCAGAUGAGGAUAGAAUUCGAAUUAAUAAUAAUUCUUCACCAGGUUUCGCGUCAGAUGGAAACAUCGAUGUGGGCACUGAUGAAUAUCCGAGCAAAAUAAAUUAUGCAAGUGAUUCAGACGUAUCAGAUAAAUCUCGAAGUAGACCAAAUUCAAAUGAAAGUGCUGCACGAGCGCCAAAAUUCUUACCUGAAUACAAAAAUAAAAUAUUUGAUGACCCAACCCUGAUAAGUGCCCAAACAAGAGCCAGGUACGAGAACAAUUUUUUUACUAGACACCAUGAAAUGUCUCCCAAGAGUGCAUUUACCAAAGUAUCAAACUUCGGUAUGAGAUCACCGAUUCCUAAUCCAUCAAUCAGUCCAGAUAAUCUUAUAUAUCAGAACUCUUUAAGCCCACCGCUGUCAUCUACAACGCCUCCGAUGAGCAAUUUCAAUAGAAGUUCAGGAUUUAAUAACAUACUAUCCCCAGCACAGUUACUAAACGGGCAAAGUUUUUUUAAAUCUCAGAGUAUCUCAUCGUCAUCACCUAACUACAUGGAAGUGAAUCAAAUACCGUUACGCCAAGGUGCACCUCCAAAAUUGAUUGACUAUCAAAAUAAACACGAUGCAAAGAAUGUGCAAGCAUCACAGAACAAAAUGAAUUUCUUGCCUUUUAGACCCGAAAUACCAUAUCUGCAAGCAGGAACAUAUCCAUUUGGCGUCCGCAAUUUUCAACAACCAAAUCCUGAUUUUCUGAAGUUCGCAUCACCACCUCGAGAACCUGUUAACCCUUUAAUAAACAACCCAGCCGCAGCAAUUCUAAGCACGCUGUUACCUUCCACGUUGGCAGCUUUUUCAUUGCCAGCACAAAAUGUGUGCGCGAAAUGCAGCAUCAGUUUUCGGAUGACAUCAGACCUAGUGUAUCAUAUGCGAACACACCACAAAAGUGAAACUACAGUUGAUCCAAAUAGAAGAAAGAGAGAGGAGAAGUUAAAAUGUCCGGUCUGCAAUGAAAGUUUUCGGGAGAGACAUCACUUGACUCGUCACAUGACAGCUCAUCAGGACAAAGAAGGUGACUUAGAUGAAAUAUCCCCAGGUCAGGGUUUUAAGAAGAACAAGCAGUUCUAUUCUCAUAGUAGUAUUCAUCAAAAAUAGAACUGCAAAUAAAACAUCCCAUCGAUCUUCUGCGAAAAUAGACAAAUUCACUCUAAAAUAUCACUCCGUAAAUGUUAGAUAUCUUUAUUUCGACGCCUGUUACUAAACAUAUGUUGUUGUUGUUAUAAACUUACUUAA